AUGUCCAAGUCCAUCGUCAAUACGAAUCCGUACCCGUUCCAAUUCGAAGCGAGUAAGCCCCCGCCGAUCAAAAGAGACGGUCAGCAUGUGACGAUCAGUCUGGACCACUCCCGCGGACGGAUCCCGUCUCUGCAGGCCUCAAAAGUCCGAGCCUUGAUGCAGGAGGCACACAAGGACCCUUCCAAGAUCCUCGCCCUUGUGUGCAGCUACGACGCACUCAGCUCGCGGCUCUGUGAGGAGGCUGGGUUUCCUAUCAUUUUCCUUGCCGGCUAUGCGAUGUCCUCUGCUUUGGCCCUUCCCGACACGGGUUACAUCGCCUUCCAAGAAGUCGCCGCUAAGAUACAAGAAGUUGUCAGGGAGACUACUGCCCCAGUGAUUGUAGACGGCGAUACUGGGUAUGGAAGUCCUAUGAAUGUGCGAAGGACAGUGGCAGGACUGGCGGCUGCUGGUGCUGCCGGCAUCAUGAUUGAAGACCAGACUUGGCCAAAAAGAUGCGGCCACACAGCAGGAAAGAGCGUCGUUUCCAGGAGUGAGGCGUACGCGCGUUGGCAAGCUGCAGUCGAUGCCAGGGACGAAGGCCAGGAUAUUUGGAUUCUGGCACGAACCGACAGCCUCAUUCUAGGAUACGACGAGGCACUCGCAAGAGCUAGAAAGGCAAUCGAGAUCGGCGCGGACGCUGUUUUCGUGGAAGCCUUACCAGACCGGGAGACCAUGGCACGUCUGAGGAAGGACCUGGAUUUCCCGUCGCUCGCGAACAUCAUCUAG